AUGGGUUCCAUCGAUAACACAGCUUCUACCAAACUUGCUACGCUGAAUGGCGAAGGCAUCAAAAAUGUUUCUGCUCAAACAAUUGUGGAAACAGUAUGGGCUAUAACUCACUUCAUCUAUACUGGUGAUAAUGAAGUCAAGUUUGUGCGGCACUUUUUGAGCCAGUCGCAUGGCCGUGACGACGAUGCCAAGCGACAACCUUUCUCCACCAGGGGUUAUCGAAUCAACUCAGAAUCCACUCCUGCUGAUAUUGCAAGUACUGGGUGCGAUGUUGCGCACCAGAAUGGGCAAGCUCCAGGUUUGGAGCGUGAAAGCAAAGCUCCCGACUUUACGCGGUUCCUCCGGCAGACGGAACUGCUGCUCAUUGAGGGCCAACCAGGAUCGGGAAUGAACCACCCGUUCCUGAAAGGCGAACCACACUCACUCCUUGUGGAAGCUUCGGUUUGGGAUGGGGUAAUUGACUUCACCGCCACCCUGCAUACAAGCAACCACCAAAAGUACUUGGUUGACCUUGAGGACAAGAUGACUCGUGUCUGUGGAUUUGUGGCCAAGAACUGGAAUUCACCCCUAAGUCAAUACACGAAAGUUACGAACGAGGUGCAGCUUUCCCAAGUUCAGCCCAAGGGAUCAUCUGCCAAGCAUGAACUCGCGAACGAUCCUGCGGAACUUCUGCGGAGCUUGUGGAGGGGUGUCCUACACUCCCCUAACGCUCCUCUUGGGCCGGAUGACAACUUCUUUCGCGUGGGCGGUGACUCUAUCAAAGCCAUCGAACUCGUUGGUGCGCUACGAGAACACAGAAGGGCCUUGACAGUCUCCCAGAUAUAUCGAACGCCGACCCUGGGUGAAAUGGCAAAGAACUUAGUUCUUCUCGACAGGUUGCCGCACGAAGAGCCACCAAAGGCGCUCGAGCUAAUCUCCCAGUCCAUCUCCAGAGAAGACUGUAUCGAUCAGGUUGCUAGAGCCUGUCAGGUAGAGCCACUGAUGGUUGAUGAUGUCUACCCAGCCACGCCGAUGCAAGAAGCAUUGAUGGCAAUCUCGGCGCACCGUCCGGGUGUAUAUGCGCACCGGGUGGUAUUCAAAAUUCCUGAAUCCCUUCAAAUAGAGAGGUUCAAGAAAGCAUGGUACACCUUGGUAUCUAAGCAGCCUGUCUUCCGAACGCGAAUUGUCACAUUACCUAGCAUCGGAACGGUGCAAGUUGUAAUACGGUCAGGCAUUGACUGGCACUCGGGUAUGAGUCUGCACGAGUUUGUGCAGUACGAUGAGGAGCUGCCGUACACUUACGGUUCCGAUCUGAGUCGAUACGGUAUUGUGCAUGACGAUGAAGGAGAACCGCACUUUGUCUGGAGCGGCCAUCAUGCGAUAUCUGACGGAUGGUCGCGACCCGCCAUGUUUAGGGAUGUGCAAAAGAUCUACCUCGAGGGUGUAGCAACGCACCAAGUCCCGUACACCCAGUUCAUACGCCAUUUGAUUGAGAUGAGUAUCGAAGAGUCCGAGGAGUUUUGGACCGAGCAGUUUCCUGACACUGUCGAAAUCUAUCCUCGCUUACCCACUUCCGGCUAUACCCCUCAGGCGCUACAGUUGCAGACUAUUGACAUAAGCCUGGAACGGAGAGCCGACUCUGGUAUCACAACAGCAACGUUGGUUCAGGCCGCUUGGGCUUUGAUAACAGCUGCCUAUGCGAAUACCGACGAGGCGGUCUUCGGCUUGACCCUCUCGGGAAGAGACGCUCCAGUACCUGGCAUCACCCAGAUGAUGGGAAUCACGAUCACAACUGUGCCAGUAAGAAUAGUUCUUGACUACACAAGCACAGUCCUGGAAUAUCUUGAGGAGGUACAGGAAUACAUUUUGCAGGUGAAACAACACCAGCACCUUGGCCUUCAGCGUAUAUACCGCUUGAGCCCUGAAGCGAAAUCUGCAGCAAGCUUUCAGAACCUAUUAGUCAUUCAACCUGCAGGGGAGGAUGAAGACUUCGCAGGUCUUACUGAACUCGGUCUACAGCCUAUUCAGGUGGACGAGAAGGAUACACGGGACUAUGGGAUAACGGUUCAAUGCAGUAUUGGCAGCAGUGGAAGUCUCCUGCAGGUCAAGGCGCAUUAUGACGAGAAAGUUGUCGGCAGCAAGCAGGUGGAAAGCAUGCUGCACUUGUUCGAACACCACAUCAGGCAGCUGGCCACCGAGUCCACGGUAUCAUCGCUGCACGACCUCGAUAAUAUGUCCCCUCAUGACCUCGGUUUACUCGCGACAUGGAAUGCUUCAAUGCCACCUGCUGUCGAGAAAACACUCCAUGGCCUCAUCGCAGAGAAGGCCCGGGAAACACCAGGCGCAGUUGCUCUCGACGGACCCGACAGCAGAGUGACAUAUGCUGAGCUCGACUCGAUCUCGAGCCAAUUAGCAGGCUAUAUCCAGGAGGUUGCAAACAUAAGCCCGAACUCACGCGUGGUGCUCAGCUUCGCCAAAUCCGCACUGCCCGUCUUUGCGAUUCUAGCCACUCUCAAGAGUGGGGGUGUCUGCGUCUCAACCAAUCCGGAGCAUCCAACUCCACGGCUGUUGGAGAUAGUCCAAGAUGUCGAAUCCAGAGUCGUGCUUUGUGACGAAAAGAGCGUUGACCGGUUUAAGGGCCAGGUACCCCACGUAAUCGGUAUCACUGACGCCCUUAUCGAGCAGCUAAAGUCGGCUGCUGCAUACAAAUCGCUUCCCAAUGUUCUUCCAAGCAACGAAUCGUUUGUGGUAUAUACGUCAGGCAGUACCGGUAAACCCAAAGGAUCCGUACUUGAACACCGCUCCUUAGCAACUCACCUCAAGGCGCUUGGGGAGAGAAUCGGGCUAGAUGAGCGUUCGAGAACAUUGCAAUUUUCCGCAUAUACCUUUGACGUCCACAUCCUAGAGAUAGUUGGAACAUUGGUACACGGCGGUUGCGUCUGUGUCAUAUCAGAUCAUGAACGCAUGAACAAUCUUUCUCAGGUAAUCAACGAGCGACGCGUCAACUUCUCGUCACUGACCAAAACGGUCUCACGGCUCCUUGAUCCCGACCAAGUGCCGACACUCAAGAAACUCAUAUUGACCGGCGAGCCCAAUGGUCGUCAAGACUACUGGCGUUGGUCCAGACGCGUCUUCCUGUAUAAUGGACUGGGUCCGUCCGAGUGCACACCUUUGGUAUGCCUCACUCGCGGAGCGGUUGCGCCAGAUGAUGACCCAUCAAACAUUGGUCACGCAAUGGGCUGCCACUUGUGGGUAAUCGAUCACCGCAGACCUGAUCGCCUUGUUCCCAUAGGAUGCGUUGGAGAGCUGGUGGUUGAGGGUCCAAUCGUUGGUCGCGGGUAUAUCAACCGGCCUCGAGAGAAUGCAGCCGCCUUCGUCCUUGACCCAGCAUGGUCACGUGAUGGUUCUGGAAGGUCUCGACGCUUUUACCGGUCCGGCGACCUAGCUAGGAUGAACACGGAUGGAAGCAUCACGUUUAUAGGUCGUGCCGACAAUCAGGUCAAAAUCCAUGGCCAGCGCGUCGAAUUGGGCGAGAUCGAGGACAGCCUUCGCCGUUGCAGUCAUGUCUUCGCGAACAGUGCUGUGGAAGCCGUCACGAUCUCGAGUCGUGGCGGGACAUCCACACUCGCCGUCUUCUGCAGCCGAGAGGACCAUGAGCAGAGCAAGCUGAAGCGUCAUGAUGCGGUUGAAGUACCCAUUCUUGCGAUGGACCACGAGUCUGAAAUUGAAUUCAAAAAGGCACAACUAGAUCUUGCGAAGACUCUUCCACAGUACAUGAUUCCAUCGAUAUUCCUACCGGUAAGGCACUUGCCUUUCAACCCUUCUGGGAAGCUUGAGCGCAAGACACUGCACCACUGGGUAUCGAGGCUCAACGCCAACGAUCUGGGUCAGUAUUUCCUCACGAGCCAAACUGUAACAAGGCCGCCGGAGUCCGACAUGGAAAAGAAACUCCAGUCGCUAUGGGCAAAAGUCCUGAACAUCCCAACCAACGCUAUCGGUGCCGAGUCCCACUUUUUCCGCUCCGGGGGCGACUCCGUCCUGUCCAUGAAGCUGAUUGCCGAGGCCCGAUGCGAAGGCAUUGCCAUGACGGUGGCUGAUGUCUUUAGGAUGCCCAUGCUAAAGGAUAUGGCUUUGACAAUUGAACCCGACGUAUCCACCAAGCCAAGGGACGAUGAAGUGGCACGUUUCGAAGCAUUCUCGCUCAUUAGAGACAAGGAAGCGCUGAGCGGCUACAUUGCAGAGGCGGCACAGGACUGCGGUGUAGGCCCCGAUUUAGUCGAGGAUAUGUACCCCUGCACUCCCAUUCAGGAGGCUCUCAUGGCGGUGUCAUCACAUCGGCCGGAAGCAUACACGUACCAAGUUGUCCUAAAACUGCCCUCUUCUAUGGAUCUGGACCGGUUUAAAUCAUCCUGGGAUACACUGGUCUCCGAAUUUGCAAUAUUUCGUACCCGCAUCGUUUUCAAACGAGAUGUUGGUUCAUUGCAGGUGGUACUACGAUCCAAUAUCACCUGGCAUGAGAGCACAGGGAUGCCUCCCGAACAAUACCUUGAACAGAAUGGGACCCUCCAUGUUGGCUACGGAAGUGAACUGUCCAGGUUUGUUAUAGUUCACCAUGGUGGCGAUACUGUUUUUGUGGGAACGUUCCACCAUUCUCUUUACGAUGGUUGGUCUCUCAUGAGAACGUAUGAAGAAUUCAGCAGCAUAUUUCUCCAUGGAGAACUGGCACGGCCUGUUGUGCCCUACGGCAGAUUUAUGGGACACCUCUCUUCUGUUGAUGGCAACGAGUCAGACGAGUUCUGGCGAUCCCAAUUCCCGACGAUCACUGAGAACUAUCCCCGACUGCCGCCUGGUCACACUCCUCGUCCAUUACAUAACAAAUCCUCAACUGUUCAACUCACGCGGACUGUCGGCUCCGAAGUGACUCUCGCUACUGUCGUUCAAACAGCCUGGGCAAUAUUGAUGUCCCUGUACAGUGGGAGCAAUGACUUAGUUUUCGGCUUAACACUUUCUGGACGGGACGCACCGAUCGAUGGUAUAACAGACAUGGUGGGGCCGACUUUGACAUCCGUCCCAAUAAUGAUGCAUAUCAACAAUGACAUGACACUUGGGGCCCUUCUUGAUAGCAUGCAGAGAAAGACUACAGAUAUCAGGCGACAUCAACAUGUAGGCCUGCAGCGAAUUCGCCAUCUCAGCCCAGAGGCAAGUGCUGCUGUUGAUUUCCGCAAUUUGCUUGUCGUACACACGAUGGGCGACGCUGAAAUCACAUCACCACUGAGAGCACUCGGAAUUCAGACCAUGAAAAGCAAGGCUGAGGAGUCAUUGGACAUAGCUCUGACUGCAGAGUGUACCAUUCGAGGGGAUGCUCUGGAUGUGCUCAUCAAUUACGAUGACGAAGUUGUGGCAUCUCAACAGGUCGACUUCAUUCAUCAUCAACUAGGCUAUAUCAUCUCGCUGCUGUCAAAGGAAUCUCCAACGACCAGACUACGUGAUGUGGACUUGGUCUCCGCGGACGAACUCACGCACAUGCAAUCGUGGAACAACAACUUGCCUGAGUAUACACAGGAAGUUUUACAUGAGCUCGUAGAAGCUCAGGCACGUGCUACCCCAAACGCAAUUGCAACGACUGGCUUUGAUGGGAAAUUCACCUAUGAAGAGCUUGAUUCGAUCACCAACAAGUUGGCUGCCUAUCUAACUUCUAUCGGCGUGGGCCCGGAGAAGCACGUGGUCCUUAGUUUCAGGAAAUCUACUUGGCCCAUUAUUGCUAUGUUAGCAGUGCUGAAAAGUGGUGGUGUCUGCGUAUCGGUCAACUUCGAACAUCCUCUGAACCGACGGUUGGACAUUGUCCAGGACGUCGAGCCGGUCGUCAUUCUCUGCGAUGCUGAUCAGCAAUCGGAGUAUUCUGGACAUUCUCCUCAUGUUGUCGUAGUUGGCGCCACCCUCUUUGCUCACACGCUCACACAGGAGCCUUCCAAUACUUGGGUCAGACCGAAAAUCCAACCCUCAAACGCUGCGUUCAUAGUAUACACCUCCGGCAGCACCGGAAAGCCAAAAGGCUGUAUAUUGGAACACCAUGCUGUCUGUCUGUCCCAGAAAAUAAAUGCCGAUACCAUGAACAUUACAAGUUCAACUCGAGCCCUUCAAUUCGCCACGUAUACAUGGGAUCCCAGCAUUCUCGAGAUCUUCGGCCCCCUCAUAUGUGGUGGGUGUGUUUGCGUGAUCUCGGAUGACGAGCGGAUGAACAAUUUGACUGCCUCUAUCAACGCUCGAGGCGCGAAUUGGACCUUUCAAACACCUACGGUUGCCCAGAUCAUUGUUCCAGAUGAUGUUCCCAAUCUGGAUACGAUCGUCUUCUGUGGUGAACCGCUUACCAAGAAGGUGGUGCAACCGUGGUCCGCAGCUGGCCACGCACAAAUGAUAAAUUUCUAUUCCGCAGCUGAGACUUCCAACAUAGGUGCAAUCAACCUCGCUCCCGACAAGCAGACUGGCUUGAUUAGCAUUGGACGCAGCAGCGGAUGCGGAAUGUGGGUCGUCCAGCGCCAUGACCCGAACCAACUUGUUCCUAGGGGCUGCGUAGGAGAGCUUCUUAUUGAAGGCCAUGCUGUCAUCAGAGGUUACUGGAACAGGCAAGAGGCGAAUUCUGCCGCUUUCAUCGAAGACCCCACGUGGUCGCGCUCCGGACAGGCCGAGCUAAAGCACCGGCGGUUCUACCGAACAGGCGAUAUUGCGUACUUCAAUCCCGAUGGCAGUAUCCAGCUCCUAGGCCGUGGCGACAGACAGGUGAAGAUCCGUGGCCAGCGAGUCGAGCUGCAUGAGAUCGAAUAUCAGAUUCACCAGCAAUUGCCCAUCGGUAGUGAAGUCACUGCAGAGAUUGUCGAAUUAGACGCUGCUACGUUGACUGCAUUCAUCCGGUUACCAACUUUCUGUGCCCUUGAAGGCCAGAAUAGCCUGCAAAUCCAGGCGGAAACCGAUGUUAAAGAGUUCCAAAAUGUAGUCGAAAGUCUACAGAGGUCCCUGCCCGAAACACUUCCGCAGUACAUGCUGCCCACGGCGUUCGUCCCAAUAUCGUAUACACCCAGACUGGCAACUACAAAAACCGACAGGAAACUUCUCAAGCAGUUUGCACAGCGCCUCGAGAAAGAUGCGAUUUUCGGCAACACCUUGAGCAAUGAAAAGACCCCACCUCGAGAUGAGACCGAAGCGAGUCUCCAGCUUGUAUGGUCGCAGAUUCUGAAGCUAAGUUUGGACAGAAUCGGCGUUCACGAUUCCUUCUUGGCGCUCGGUGGAGAUAGUAUCACCGCCAUGCAAGUAGUUUCGGAGUGUCGACGUCUUGGUGUCGAGAUUUUAGUCUCCACAAUAUUGGUGGAAAGGACUAUUGCAGCUAUCGCACCUCACUGCAAGAGGCUGGUUACUCCUGAAGCCUCUUCGAUUGAAAAACCCCAUGCAUUCGCACAUCUAACCCAGGAACUCGAUAGCCUUCUUUCCGACCACCUUAUUGGAUUAGGACAUGAUUCCGAGAAUUCUCUCAUCGACAGUGUCUAUCCGUGUACAGCUAUGCAAGAGGGUAUCCUGCUAAGCCAGCAAGUCGAUAGCGAGGUCUAUCAAAUCCAGUAUGUUUGGGAGUUUACCGACAAUCCCGCUUUUGGAGAGAAUCUAUCUUCUCGCCUGUCACUGGCAUGGGACACAAUCGUACACAGGCACCCCAGCAUGCGAACUGGCAUCAUUGAACAUUCCACGGAGCAUGGCCAUUUUCUUCAGGUUGUUCUCAAACGCCAUCCUGCGCCGCGGUUUCUCCAAGCAGAGCAAGCUAUCAAGGAUGUCUCAGAAGUCUUGCAACUUCCCACCCCAGCGGAGGACAACUUCUUGACGUAUAUGCCACGAUUGACUCUGUACCGCACCAUGGACGGACGAGCUAUUUGUAAGCUCAAGGUCAGCCACGUCCUCAUUGAUGCCGUGUCGUUGGAUGUUUUCAUGCAGGAGCUUAUCAGCUCGCUUCUCGGACAUGAACUUGCGUCGCCAGUCAUGAAUUUUGCGAAAUAUGUCGAGUAUGAGAAGAAUAUCAAGUCUGAACAGAGCAUCGCUUACUGGGAAGAUCAUCUGAAGAACGUACAGCCAUGUCAUGUACCAACCAACAAUGACCAGGAAGCGUUCAGCGGUCUGAAGGAGUACGGAUUUAUCCAGCUACCCGAGAACGCAACCGAAGGCAUGGCAGCUUUCUGCAGCCGCCUGGGUGUUACCCAAGCUGCGUUUAUGCAGGCUGCAUGGGCCAUCGUCCUUGCUACAUUCACUGGGCAGAGUGACGCUUGCUUUGGAUACCUUGCCUCUGGCCGCGAUACUCCAAUCGACGGCAUCGAGGGAAGCAUCGGCCCCAUCAUCAGCAUGCAGAUAUGCCGUGUACAGAUUGAAGCGACCGUUAAAGAAAUACUACAGCGUGUCAACACGGAUGUUAUUGUUGGACUGGAGCAUCGGAAUUGCUCGCUUGCACUCAUUCAGAACAGAUUAGGCCUGAAAGCAACUCCGCUUUUCAAUACAUGCAUGACGGUUCGACGUGCGCUUGACCUAGCGGAGCAAGAGAAGCUAGAUACUCUGAUCAGACCACUGCAAAGCCCAGAAAGGACCGAGUAUGCCAUUGCCCUGUCGGCGUCCGUGAGAGCAACUGGCGCCAUAAUCAGCAUGUCAUAUCAAAGGGGUAAAAUCUCCCAAGACUAUGCUCGCAGCAUAGCAGGGUCACUCGAGACCGUGAUUCGCAGCCUCCUGGAAUCUGAGGCCAAACCGGUUCAUAGUAUCGAGCUCAUUGGCACAGAAGAUCUCAAGCGAGUCCAAGGUUGGAACUCGCCCCCCUCUCCAGUAGUGUAUUCUACCCUGCACGGACUUGUGGAAGCCCAAGCACAGGCAACCCCGGACGCCAUCGCCACCAGCGGGUUCGAUUCGCAGCUCACAUAUGGACAGCUUAACUUGAUGUCUAAUAGGCUCGCAAGCCACCUGAUUGGCUGCGGAGUUGGACCCGGGGCCCGGGUCGUGCUUUGCUUCUACAAAUCAACCUGGCCUGUCGUAGCCAUGUUGGCUAUUCUAAAAGCAGGUGGUGUUUGCGUCUCGACCAAUCCGGAUCAUCCGUUUUCUCGACUUCUUGAUACCUGUCACGAUGUCGAAACAACAGUUGUGAUGUGCGACGAACGCAACGCUUCGCGCUUCAAAGAUCAGAUACCUCAUGUCAUCACAGUAGGCGAACGUUUGAUGGGACAACUCAAGCGCACAGCCCAGCUGCCAUUGCCUGAAGUAAAGCCGCACGACGCUGCUUUCGUGGUCUAUACAUCCGGAAGUACUGGGAAGCCGAAAGGAUGUGUGCUAGAACACCAUUCGGUGGCAAAGAGUCAGCUUGUCAACGCUAAAGCCAUGCACAUCACAUCGACAACCAGGGUCGCGCAGUUUGCGGCUUACACAUUUGACGCCAGCAUAUGCGAAAUAUUCGCUCCCCUUGUCGUUGGCGGUUGUUUAUGCGUCAUCUCAGACGACGAGCGCCUGGAUGAUCUGGCUAUGGCUAUGAACGAUAGAAAGGCGAAUUGGAUUAUGCUUACCCCGACUGUGGCUCAGUUGCUCUCUCCUUCAGCUGUACCGACUCUGAAAACACUUGUCUUUGGGGGCGAGCCGCUCGGCCGGAAAGCCCUUGAUAUCUGGUGUGGUCAUGUGAAGCUGGUCAACUACUGGGGACCAACGGAGUGCUCCAACUCUGGAUGCCUCAACGGAGAGAUCACACGUGAUACGAACCCAUUGAGGAUCGGGCGGGCGAGCGGGUGCCAUGUCUGGAUUACAGAACAGGGUAACCCGCACCGACUGGUUCCUAUUGGCUGCAUCGGCGAGAUGGUUGUUGAAGGGACCAUGCUAGGUCGUGGCUACGUGAAUCGACCUGACGCAACAGCAGCAGCUUUCGUCACAGAUCUUGCUUGGUCUAGAGGAGGUGAACCUGACUGUACUCGACGUUUCUACAGAACGGGCGAUUUGGGACAAUUCAACUCCGAUGGGACCAUCACUAUCGCUGGAAGAGCCGAUAAUCAAGUCAAGAUCCAUGGCCAGCGUGUAGAGCUCGAUGAGAUCAAACAUCAGAUUGCCAAGAGCCUGCCAUCAGGUGGUGAGGUUGUUGUUGACAUGGUCAACAUAAGCAACCAAUCAUGGAAGACGUUGGCAGCGUUCAUCAAAAUUGGCGGAUACUCGACGGAUAAGGCGAGUCCAAAUACCCUCGAGGUUACGGACUCUGAACAACAACAGGAGUUUCAAUCCCUUGUCAAGGAGCUGGAAACAACACUUCCCAAAGUAUUGCCCCGAUACAUGGUUCCGUCCAAGUUCAUACCAAUCACGAGAGUUCCACUCACACCCUCUGUGAAGACCGAUAAACGACUGCUGAGAGAGUUUGCAAAAACUUUGUCAGGGGAGAUCGGGUCCACAUGCGAACCGAACUCACUUGAGAAGCAGCCGACCAGCGAUAUGGAGCGUGAUCUCCAGACUGUAUGGGCUCAUGUGCUUAACCGAGCGAUAUCCAGUAUUGGAAUCGACGAGACUUUCAUGUCUCUCGGAGGAGAUUCAAUAUCUGCGAUGCAAUCUGCUGCCCAAUGUCGCAAAAUGGGAAUCAAACUUCCUGUGGCCGUCAUUCUGCAAAAGAAAACAAUCGCUGCUAUUGCACCAUAUUGUACAAAGAUUUCAAUGGCACAAACUCCUCGCACAGCUGUCAAGACUUUCGACAUUGAUCAAGACCAAAUGGACGAACUUCUCGCCGUCGACUUGCCUCGAAUAGGUAUCAAGUCCAUUGAUGAUGUCGAGGAUAUUUUCCCCGUUUCACCAUUUCAGAAAUUCACGAUCGAAGGUCACUUGGACACGCCACCGAGGCACUGGGAAUGUUUCUAUUUCGACCUACCCAAUAACAUUGAUCACUCGAGGCUACAGCAAGUGUGUGUUGAAAUGGCCGAGAAUGUCCCCAUCCUUCGUACCUUGUUCAUCAAGCACGCCGGUGGCUUUUUGCAGGUCGUUUUGAAGUCUCUUGAGCCACAGAUUGACAUCUAUAACUCCCAAGAAGAUAUAGAUCAACUCAUGGCGCGCCUCUUCAAAGAAGAUCUCGCCAAUCUACCAACGCUAGGCAGACCGUUCCACCGUUUCAUGAUAGCUCGCACACCGACGCACUCCCGACUACUGUUGCGUCUUUCACACACACAAGAAGACGGCCUCAGCCGCAUAGCACUUGUCCAACUACUAGCAACGCUGUACGAAGGCCGAUCCCCCCCUGAGAUAGUCAGCUAUUCCAAAUUCAUGCAUCAUCUCAAACAGCACCACGAAGAAGACGCGAAGUACUGGCGUUCGAUGCUAGCCAGCACGCAACCAACUUACAUUUGGGACACUGCCAAGCAACCACCAAUGAAGGGAUCAGGCGUUAUUCGUAUCGAGGAGACAAUCCCACAUUUCCGAACAGAAGGGGUUACUCCAGCUACGCUAUUCAAUGCCGCUUGCGCUCUCCUACUUUCGUCUAUGACCAACUCGACCGACAUCAUCUUCGGCCGCAUGACGUCCGGCCGGACCGGACUGGAUGCCGAGUUCCAAAAUCUGAUAGGGCCUACCCUCAAUAUCAUCCCGCUUCGUGUACAUCUCAAGAAAGACUUCCUCGUUUCUGACGUCGUCCAGUCCGUGCACAAGCAGUACGUGGAUUCCAUCCCGUACGAGAACAUAGGGCUGGACGACAUCAUCCGAAACUGUACAGACUGGAAAACAUCAAUGGCAAAGUUCCCGGUAGUGACUCAGUUCUUGAACGUUGACGAGAACUCUGAGGUUCAGCUUGCCGGUGGGGGUAGGUUCGUCGCGCGCAUUUGGGAGCCUAAGGACGUGGAUCCGUACCCGUGGAGUCUCUGUCUUGGCGCGUACAUCGGUCGCAGCGGCGUCAAAAUAUCCAUUGCUGCGAACGCAGCUUACGCCGACCGCGCCAUGGUUCAACGCAUAUUCAAUGAUUUGUGUCGCCUUAUUGGGACGCUCACUGAGCAUGGGGACAAGCAGCUGGGCUCGUUGACUGCAUUGAGCUAG